CUGUCUGAAGGGCUGGGGGGACUGACUGCACGCGGACGUUUACUCAGAGACAGCAGUGGCGAGGUGCUCGGGUCUCAGCGCGCGUGCUCUCCUCUGCUCCUGGACUUUCAUGGCUGUGCGCUGAACUGGACGUUUGGUUUCGAUUCAGGACGGAUGGCGCGAAGAAGGAGAAAAAGUGUUCGGAUGAUCCGCCGCUCGUCGCGCCUCUGCCGCAGGAUGUGUGCGUGAGCUGUAGGCAGGGCCGAGGCUGCUGAUGGAGCUCAGGCCGAACUGCAGCGCUGAGUGUGAGGCAGGAUCCUGCUUCAUUCAUCCUGCAGUCAGCAAUCCGCACAGCUGGGACAUUCUGCUGAGACUCUGCACUCUCUCAACGAGGUUGGUGGAGGUGCAGAGCAGGUCUCUGUCUCCAGUUCUUUGUGCCGUGGUCUGGAUGCUGCUCUCCUGCGGGAUCCUGUUGGCCCUCCUCUUCCUCAUCUUCACCCUCCGCUACAAAAACAAUAGGAUUGUGAAGAUGUCCAGCCCCAAUCUGAACGCGCUCACUCUGUUUGGGAGCAUACUGACCUACACUAGUGGGUUCCUGUUCGCCAUAGACGACAGAUCACCCUUACAGACAGCAGGGCCGAGAGCUGUGCUGCAGGUGAGGAUCUGGACUCUGUGUAUUGGCAGUUCUCUGGUGUUUGGACCAAUUCUGGGCAAAACAUGGCGUCUAUACAGGGUCUUCACUCAGCGCGUACCAGACAAGAGAGUGAUCAUUCGAGAUAUUCAGCUCAUGGGUUUGGUGGCUCUGUUGAUUCUGGUGGAUGUGGUGGUUCUAACUGCAUGGGGCCUGACGGACCCCAUCAAGUGUUCCCGAUCAGUCAGCGCUGUGGUCAAGGUAGCAGAGUUUGAUGUGCAUUACUCCUUGUCUCAGCUGGACUCCUGCUCCUCUCACUACUCAGACCUGUGGGUCAUUCUCCUCUCUGCAGUCAAGGGCAGCCUGCUGUUGUAUGGCACAUACCUGGCUGGACUGACCAGCAACGUAAGCCUGCCUCCAGUCAACCAAUCUCUGACCAUCAUGGCAGCGGUGUGUAUGGUUACGAUGUCCACAGCUGUGGCUGUACCGGUCUCUUGCUACCUCUAUGCAUGGCCAAACCUGGUCUACAGCGUGGUGUCUGGAGCCAUCUUCAUCUGCACCACUGCCAUUAACUGCCUACUGUUCGUUCCUCAGUUGACCCAGUGGAGGCAGUUUGAAGAAGAGGUGAAUCCUCACCCCAGCCAGAUGGCCAAGUACUUCAGCAGUCCAAGCAAGAGUCUGCGCUCCAUGUACAGCGAAGACGAAAUUUACUAUCUGCUCGGAGAAAAUGACUCCAUGAAGAGGCUAAUUAGUGAGAAAAAUGCAGUAAUAGACAGCCUCCAAGAGCAGGUGAACAAUGCCAAGGACAAACUGCUGAAGCUGAUGUCUGGAAGCCACCUGCAGGACGAAGGAGAAAUGGACUCAUCCACAACCAACCUCAACUCCUGCUCCACCCAGACCACAGUGGUACCUGCUGAACCUCCUCCUUCUCCUCUCAGAGACUCAGACACUUCUCCUUCAGCUCUCUCCCCUCCACCAUAUGUGCCUCCACCCUCACUUCCUUCUGAACCUUCUUUGGUACCCUUGUAUCAGGCACUUCCUGGAAGUUCAUUAGCAGCCGAUGCAGCUACUUCUGUGCCUUCCCCACCUCCUCGCAGUCCAGACGGAGCUUCACAGAACUCACAGGUUGGCCACUUUAAGCUUGAGUGUGAAAGUUUGACAAGGAACACAGAUGAGGCACAGCAAAAUGUAAACACAAUCACACCUGUGGAGCCUGGACCUUCAGUAACAGUAAACAUGGCAUCCAAUUCACCUGUUAGCCUGAGUAACUUGCAGGGUUCCACAGCCCUGUGCCCUGCUUGGGCCAGUGUGCCUCAAGGCGAUGCAGCAGAGUCCACUGUGUCAUCAGGGGUAGCAGAGGUAGGUCGCCAGGGUUUCGUGAGCAGCGAGCAACUGCAGGAGAUUCUUCGGGACCUGAGUGUAAAUGCUGUGAGCACCUCGCUCCGAUCACCCUGUGGAGUGAGGAGACCGUCUAAUCCUGCUCGUGAUGACCUAAAUGCCCUCAUCACUUUCUCUCCCCUCUCUCCUCUUUCCCCUCGAUCUCCCUUGCACUUCUACUUCCCCAGCAUCUCUCCGUACAUGAUGCGAAAGCGUAGGCCUCCCUUCCACACCUCCAGAACAGGCCCUCCUCCUUACUAUUACCCAGGCUCAGCACCCCCUGGCUGCAGGAGGGGAUCAGCACCACCCAGUCAAGAGAGACUGAAGGAGCAUGACUCCAAAACAGCUUCGUCAAACGUGAAUCAGCAUCCAGACUCAAAUAAUGACCAGAGUGAGGGAGAUGAGGAAGGUAAUGGGGCCAAAGGGGCGAGGUCACAGCAUGAGUCACGGUCGGGCAGGAGAGGUCCAAGACGAGCCCAUAGAAGGUCUUCCUCUGUGAGACAUCCCAGAAGUCCUUUGGCAGGGCAUGUGGAAGACACUAGAGCCACAGAUCCAUACAGCUACUCAGACUCAGAGUCCAGCAGCUCAGAGGACUACUGCUACUACCACCGACCCUACUGCGAAGCCUGUCUGCAGAACCCCUACGCUUCCAGCGGCAGCAGCAGCACCUCCGAAACCUCAGACAGUGAAUUUGAGGAGCUUUACCGCUCCUCUCAUCCUGUGGUCAACUUCAAAGAGGACCUCAAACCCACUUUCGUCUGAGCAGAAGGGGAUAAAUGAAACUAUGUGGAGAGCUGGUGUCUGUGAUAAUCAAACUACUAUAAAUGAUUUUGAAUCAAAACAAUGCAACAAAUAUGGCACUGAAGACAUUCAUGCUACAGGUCAAAAGAUAGGAAAGCAACACUAACUUUGUAAAAAAAAAAGUCAGGUUUUCAAGAAAUAACAAACAAUAUAAUGUAUUAACACAGAGCAGCUGAAUGUUUUUGUUAAAAUUCUGCACCCAUCUUCACCUUUCGCUUUAGAAGAAAAUGCCACAGAUUUCUUUCAAAAUAUCUGCACAGUUUAAUUUUGGAGAUAUGACUUGAAAUGAUUUGAUAUGAAAUGGUAGAGAAACUUUCCAGUUUGGAUUUCUCUACAGGGGUGGUGACAGGAACCAGGGGUCUUGAUGUCUGCAAUGCAAACAUUGCCAUUUUAUUUACUAUCCAAAAUAGCCAGUGAACCAACACAGCCCUUCUGAAUUUUUAUAUUAAUGUUAAAUGUUUUAUAGUUUAAUGUAUUAUAUAUC